CUGGAGACCUAUUCUACUACUUUUCGCGGUUUGUCUCAACAUGUUGCCCCCGCUCUCGUCGUUCAUCAUGAAGAUCCAAACGGGCCCCGCGCAGGCAGGGGCCGUGGUCCACACAGCCGCGAGGAAGGAACGCAGAACUUUGCCUUCCUGACAAACAAGUUUUGCCGGUGGUUCGCCCAUAUGAAAUGCAAAAGCAUCGUACUAGUAGAAAUCGCAUGACAAAUUCCCUCUGCAUGGAAAAUGGAAUUUGUAAUGCGGAUUUAGGUUUAAGAAGGAGACUUGUAAUGCAUGACUGCGAUUACUACUAGUGCGAUACUUUUGCACAGGAUAGCCCAGGGGCCUUGGUUUUCCACGCUGUCGAAUCAGUGGUGGUCAAAGCCAAAUUCGUAUGAAUUGCAAAAAUGUCUGGGUCUGGAAGAUUGGAACUUGUCGUGCUGAGUCUGGAUCAUGCAAAAAUUUGUGUUGCAUGAUUACCAAAAGAUGUCCGCUUUUGACCAGGUUGACAGGGAGUUUCUCAUGCAGGAUAGGCAUGAUAGACAUCUCACAGCAUCUCUCAUGCUAGGUACUGCAUGCCAGGCCUCAUGGGUCAUGGAAAACCUGCAUCACAAAUCUUGCAUUCUUCCAGACCCAGACAUUUUUACAUUUGAUAACUCGACGAAAAGGACCGGGGACCUCCAAAGCCGCGAAGAUCACGCCUACAACUUCCCUCACCUUGUGCAAACCUGCGUCCGGCAGAUGAAGAGCAGAGGUGGUGUUAUUCCUGGCGAUGGAAACAUUUCGCUUCUGAAAAUCAUGAACGCAGCCUUCCGCGAGCCGCUAGAGAGAGUGGUGGGGGGCGAAGUAGUAGAGAGGAUCAUGCUGGAUGCGCAGCUAGAGCGGGAUGAAGUUGAAGCCCAAGAGCCUGCACCUCCUGCUUGGAGCCGUCUUCUCCAUCGCCUCUGGACCGAAAGGGUUGUGGAUGUUUUGCUAAAAAAUCUCGCGGUAGACCCCCAGGUUUAUGACAGGAAAUACGCCGACCAUUUGGAUUUUGGUAGUAUGCGAGUGCACAAGUGAACUCCCCCUGCCCCCGCUCAUUUCCAUAUGCAACAUUGUAAGUAAUUUCUUCAGAUGUUUCCACCUUUUGUCGCGAUUAGAUAUCACACUCUGAUUGCUCCAGAACAUGAACAAGGCCAAUCUCAGCUCUGCAGUUGACGCAUGAAGAACUUGUCGUGCACACGCUCCACGCGUGCUGGUGUUUGCAUAAUGAUAAUUGCUGUCCAUGCUAUACAGAUAAGCGCCGGGAGAGGGAAUUCCUUGUGCGCUCUCAUAUCAUCAAGAUCCUCUAUUUCAUCUCACGAUGGUGAGCCGGUAGCUGUAUUGGACAUCAGCCAAGAGUCUUUCGAGGUAUGUAUAUACAAAUCUGUCCGGUUCUGGAAGGAUGCAGUAGACUUCUCAUGCGCAACAUUUUGUAACAGGCUAUGCAUUGCAAAAGUAUCGUACUAGUAUAAAUUGCAAAUUUUUUCAAGAAGAAAAAUGGAAUUUGUAAUGCUGAUUUACCUAAAUACAAGGGAUGUUUUUCAUGCAUGAUAGCAAUUACUACGAGUGCGAUACUUUUGCACAGGAUACAGGCAAAGGCAUCACAAUUCAAAUUCUGUCUUGCAUGGUGUACAGAAAACCAUGGUCCACAGAAAACGCGCAGCUCACGUCUGUAGGUGGAGAGGGCAUCCUCGUCCUUCAUGCAGGCUGGGCACGCGGAAUUCCCGGCAGAGCCCCUCGUUAACAAAUCGUAAGUAUGUGGGCCACUGUGUGCAUUCCAAACCUUGUGGCAGUAGAUUCAAGAACAGCAUGGCAAGUCAAAGUAUCUGCAUAUUCUUUCCAGAGCCAGAGGACAUAUUCAAGCUUGAUACGAAAAUGAAAGACAAACAGUAAUUGCGGACAUGUUCCCUUUCGCCACCACCUCCAGGCACCACAGCGAUGACGAAGAUUCGCAGGACAACUACGACCGCGAGUGCCUGCGACUCAUCACAACGCGGCUUUUUCCGAUAUCCGGUAUUGUAUCGUCUUUAAGCGGUACUAGCGGUAGCCAUAGCCUGAGGAGCAACGGGAAGGCAAGGGUAAUGCUAAGGAACAGAGUCAUGCUCACCGACUUUAUCAGCCCCGGAGAAGUGGUGCGCAACGCACUCACCGUAGAAGAGCAGUGUAUCGCGGGGUUUUUGCGGUACUGGGGCCGGCCGCCUGAAGUUGGUGAUAACGGCGUGCGGACUUCGUGCAAACAGGCAAGAGAUUUUUGCAAACGAGGGCGGUAUGACAGGAGCAGAGUGCUAACCAUCAGCCUCGGUUUGGGUAUUCAAUCAGAGGGCCAGCGUGGAGAGACAAGAAAUUCCAAAAUACAGGAGAGCAUCGAUCCCUCCUUCCCCGUGUAUUGGGGAGAAGCCGCAGACAAUUUUCGUUCGCGCGGAGUAUUCCAAAUUGGCAACAUAGGCUACGAAGGCCUUUACCGAGCAUAUUUGGAAGCGAAGUCAACUACAUCUUGCACAACCCCCAGCACCAGCAGGAUUCGUAGCAGGGGGAGCCGCGACCGCCCUUAUGAAGAUGACCCAGAACAAGUCCAGGAUGGCAGUGCCGGGCUAGAGUUCCGCGGUGGAAUGGAAGAGUUCGAGAAAGAAGCGCCGAGAAAUGCGAGCUGCCGUUUUGCUCUGUACAAGAGGAAAGAUAACGGGAAAGAAGAGGAAGACGGCACUGAAACUAGGACGAUUUUCAAGUCGGAAGUUCUGCGUGGAAACAGAAUGCCCCUCGAGCAGGCCGUUUUCCUCGAGAAGCCAGGCCCAGCCGUGUUGAAGCCCCGGGUCGCGCAGUAUUUGCAGUGGGGGCACCGAGGCGAGUGCGUUGUGUGCCACGGACACCUGCUUUUCAGCUCACGCCAGGAAAAAGCUUGGCAAGAGGUGGCAGCCUGGUGCCCGUCGCUGUGCGCGCCCCGUACCCCGCUCUCGGCAAGG